AUGGAUGAUUCUCCUGUAUUUUACUUAUUUACAGUAUUCCUGUUGCUUUUUUUGCCACAACUAUGCCGCUGUGGCAAACCUAAUGAAGAUAAUGAUGCACCUCCUCAAAAAUGCCAUCCAGACAAUAUCCUAGAUAUAUCUAUUCAAGGAUGGAAAACAGAUGAAUGCAGUGGAGCUUCUGGAGGGGAUCUGUGCGAAUCAUUAUCUCCAAAGGGAGUGUUCUUUACAGAAGUUACAGAUGGUCAUCUUUCAAUAUGGAGGGCUGAAGGAGAUGAAAAGUGCGUUGCAGUCAUAUCGCAAUAUGAAAAUGGCAGUAGGAUACUUAUUCUACAUAUAUGGAACUAUGAAGAAAAGAAACAUGAAGUGAGGCGCUAUGAGAAUGACGAUGAAGGAUGGAUGUUUAUAGAACAUACCCAAGAAGUAAAAGGACAUUUGGGGUCUCUAGAUGAACUUUCCACUGAUUAUAUCCAAGGAGAUAAACCGGAACCUAUAGAGACUAUCUAUACUAGGCAGUCUACUACAGCAAGUGAAAUGGAUUUUCCUUUGCGAGAUGCCGAGUCUACAGACCUGGAGACCAGCUUUACCAAUUUCAGAGAAUCCUUUGAAGAAGUCCCUCUAGAGAAUCCUCUCAUAAACUUUCCCCCUCCUCCUACACUAAAUAUUGCUCAUCCAGACGCAUCAAUUUGCACAGCUAUUGAUGUAAACAUUACUGGAAUUCAAUCUAGAGUCUAUAUCAUGAAGGUAAAUGCAAAUAUUUACAGGGUUAGUUACGACAACGAUGAUAUAUGGGAAGCAGAAUAUGCUGAAAAGUGCACAUUCUGUAUAUAUUUUAUCCAUGAUAGAAGACACAAAUUAUUAAUGCUAAGAACAACGGAAGGAUUUAGCACAAAAAACAUAUUUUACAAACAUAACGGAACAGGUUGUUGUACCGGAGGUUGGCACAAAACUAGUAGACAAUGCCCCAAAGACGUUGAUAAACUGAGAAAAGAACAUGGUACUCCAUUUUCUAUUGACAUUUCCAAUGAUACUGAAAACCUUCAAAAGUAUCAAAUUAGCACUCACAGAUACGGCAGUAUUACUGCACGGUACUAUGCCACAGUGAAUGGUUACAUUAUAGAUGAAGUUGUGGACAAUUCAAAUAGCAUAUGGACUGCGAGGGAAGGUAAAUUUUGCUUCAUGGUUGAACUUUAUAUAAAAGAGGACACCAGGCUUCUAAGAUUGUAUACUAAGAGUUCAGAUACAUUUUCAUGUUCGUGCUUUGAGAAAAAGGGUAUAGUGUGGGAAAAGAUUGAUUACAUCGUAUUUGAUAAACUUUUGAGUAGGAUUCAGGGUUAG